AGUGAGAGACAAAUUUAAUUCACUUUCUAGCAACUUUAUUCUUUAGCAAAAGAAAAAAAACACUACUGACACUAUAUAUAUAUUUGACUUCAAACCAAGAGACCAUGAUAUAUCAUGUUCUCUUGCUUCAAACAGAAUGAAAAUCUCUCUCGUGUGACUUUCCACGGUGACGUCACGUCUGAAACCACCAGACAUAACGCAAUCACUGGAACGUACCAUCUGUUGCCCUGCAUCCAAGAUGGCGACUACGAGCUUGGGGUCGGGGGGCUUCGAUCUCUUUCUGCGAAAUCUUUCAAGCAAGAUAGACAAGCAAAACUUCAUCUCGGUUACGAGAAAACGUUUUGGUGAUAAAUACAAGCUUUUAUCAGAAGAGAGCGAUAUUUAUCCGAUAUUAAAACAGCAAGAAGAGCAUGGCUUUUUCGAUAAAGGUGAUUUCAAAUUUUUAGAAUGUCUUGUGGAAAAGUCAAACAACGCUGAGGCAGAUGCAGAAAUGGCUGACUAUAGAACAAAAGCUCCUCCUAAGGAGAAACUUCAGAUAUUCGGCAGAGAGAAAGAGGUGGAAGACAUAAAUAAAAGACUCAAUAACAAAAUGAUUCGAGCAGUUAAUUUGUUUGGCGACUCUGGGGUCGGUAAAACCACCUUAGCUCAAGAAGUCGCUAAAAGUUUUUGCAAGAGUAAUGAAGGAUUCGAACUAAAACGUGUUGAUUUAAGGGAGACCAGGGAGUUUAAAAUCGUGGUUUCCCAGCUUCUUGAGUGCUUUGGACUUGUAUCGUGGGACAGGGACGUUAGCAGACUUUACCAUCACCUGAAAACACUACCAACGCCAGCAUUUCUCUUGAUAGACAAUGUGGAACAACUUCUAGGAAAAGAGACUGAGACUGAACAGGAGACCCAGAAUGAAUUUAUAAGUCUCAUCAAAUCUUUGCUUGACUCCCCCCCAGCAAAGUCAGGCUCCCUCAAAAUCAUACUAACAUCCAGGGCAAAUGUGGAGGAGCAAUCACUUAGAAGGAGUGGAUUCUCUGAAAAAGUUGUGGAGAAAUGGGACACUGAGACCUCCAAGAGUUUCAUGAUUGAACGAAGCAGGUAUCCCAUUCAGAAAGCAGAAGACGAGAUGGAUGCACUAACUGAAAUUUCUGAGUUAUGUAAAAACAACACAUAUCUUGUGGAAGGCAUUGCACAAGUUAUAAGAGAGGGUGUCGAACCUAAGGAAAUUAUUCGACGAGUUACCAUUCAGCUUUCACAGAAUGAUAUUCCUGAGCAAUUUACUGGCAUAAAUUUGAUUUUUGAGUCUUUGCCAACAACUCACCUAAAAGAGAUUGCAAUCAAGGUUGCCUUAUUUAGAAAGUCAUUCACUGUCUCAAUGGCUCAAGUGAUAACAGAGUCACACUCUCUAACUGAUGUUAACAUUGACCUGGAAAUCUUAGCACAUCAUAAACUGCUAACUGUCAAGGAUGCUGAUGAUAAGUCAAUAGAGCGAACAUUUGACAUGCAUGCCAUUUUUCAUGAGUUUGUAGACAUACACCUGAGCAAAAGUCCCCAAUACCAGAGUGCAUAUAACACAGGAGAAAGACACUUCUUCAAGUUUUUCACUGAGAAGAUUGAAAAGCUGGCAAAGCUUUUUGAGACUGAUUUUGUUGAGGCCCAUAAGAGGUUGGAAUCUGACCGCCCAAACUAUGAGUUUUCUCUUGAUAUUGCCAAACUUAAGGAUAACUUGGGGGACAUGAGAAGAUUUCUGAUUUAUGCUGAUGAAUACUAUGAAGCAGCACUUACAUCAACAUUGUUUGAGGCACUAAAGGACACAGAACAAAGACAAAAACUUUACCAUGAAUGGGCAGAGUUAGCGGAAAGUGAGGGCCACUGGCUGUCCGGUGCUCAGAUGCGAUGCUGGGAGUGCAUACAAGAGGUGGACAUGGUGGGGCACGAUAAAGGCAUGGAAGUGCUUAACAAGGCUAAGGCAGACCUGAAAAAGGUAGCCAAAUCUGACAAAGGUACUGACAGGUUUAAUGCGGUAUUGGGUUUGUAUUACUACUGCCAAGGAAGGCUUUACUGGAUUCAGUCGGAGCGAGAAAAGGGCAAGAAGGCGGACCAGGCUGCGGAAGCAGGUAUCCAGCACUUGGAGCGCUCGCUAGAAAUACGGCGACAACAUUUGGGAGAUCACACACAGACGGCAAGGACACUCAACCUGAUUGGCAACGCUCUGAUGACAAUAAACGAGCCAGACAAGGCCCUUGGGAUGUACCAAGAAGCUUUGGAAAUGAAGCGAAGGCUUGUCGGCAGCGAUGACCACUGGGAAAUGCCGACAUACUACAACCAGAUAGCUGCCGUGUAUGAGCGCAAAGCCACUAAUGAAGAGAAAAAAAUUUUUUUUCGAAGGUCAAGGAAAAAGAUAGAAGAGUAUUUCACUAAGGCAAAAGAGUGGUACGAAAAAGCUAUCGCCUUACAAGAGGAGCUUGGUGUGGGCGAAACUGAACAUACCCCAACGUAUUAUCGUAACCUAGCAAAUACGUUAAUAGCACUGAAAGAUUACGACGGCGCAUUGAGAUACGCUCAAGGGUCGUAUGAUCGCAGAAAAGAGCAGCGAGGGGAUCACCCAGAAACGGCUCGCAUCCUUUACCUCAUUGGUAUUAUUCACGAGUGGCGUAAAGACAAGGGUGCAGCACUUGAGUCGUACGAGGAGGCAUUCAGAGUGGAGGAGACAUUGCCCCAUAAUAACCACAGCGUGGUGUGGCCUUAUAUUAUAGACAGACUUACGCAAAUGUGUAAGAUGCUCAGGAAAACUGACAAAUUGAGGGACUACGAGCGGAGGAUUCGUGAGAUUGAAGAGCGGGAGAUAUUGGCCAAGUCAAAGAUCGAAUCUUCCCGUCCGGACGAAAGCACGGAAGAUUUUGGGGAACAAGCCGAGGAGCAGGACGAACAAACAGCCGUCUGGGAACUAACAAAAGAGGGAGGCACAUUGGAUCUACCGAGUUUCGGAGUCAUUUUCAACUUCCCGCCAGAUGCUGUUACACAAUCUAUGGAAAUAGAGUGUGUCAUACGCCCGCCCCAGUUCACCCCUUCUGAAAACGGAGAGUCUGUUGUCAGCAAUAUAGUAGAGCUGGGCCCGAAUUCCUUGGUGCUAAGCAAAUCUGUUCAUGUAACGUUGCGUCACUCUGUCUUGACCUUGGAGCCUGGGUACGAGAUAGUUGCUAGGCAAUAUCUGAAGGACUGGGAGGACCUGGAUGUCCUGCAUGACGUAAGGUCAAAUAAAGAUCUCACAAACUUGGGGCCACGCCCUCCAUGGCUAGUGUCUCCAUGUAUUCAGUUCGAACUCUGGCGGCCGGCCACAGUGGCUAUCAUCAACCGUCUGAUCGUAGACGAGUUGGUCGUAACUCCAUCAGGUGGAGAAUUCAAAUCUCGCGCAUGCGCAGACGUGCAAGUUUUUUUCCCCAGAGACGCCGUUAAAAAGAAAUGUGAAGGCAAGAUGACGGUUCACCUGAUGCCCAAAGAUGCUCCAGAAACGAAAGGCUUCAUUCCCUGUCCAAUAUUAUUUAUUGAUGGAUUCGAAGGUCAAACCUUCUCCAAACCGGUUACUGUUAGAUUCCCCCACCCCUCCCCUAGCAGGCCUGCAGUCUCGGUUAGAUUGCUCUGUGGGAAGAGGGGUAGGGGCGAGUGGGAAGACAUAACUUCAGAAGUUGGCGUUGCAAGUGAAGGCUACAUUGAAUACAAAGUCCGACACUUUUCAGGACUAUGGCCUUGGGUGGUGGGCGCCAGUGAGGUCGUGAUGGACUCACUUUACACGCAUGCGCAGUCUAUGUUGUCCUUCCUCGCGCGGAGUCCACUUCUUGCCGCAUAUGUUGCCGCAUAUCACACGGGAGAGCUUCAAGAGAGCUACCGCUCGUUUCGUGUGAAGCUCGUUUGCGUGGCGCACCAUAGACAGAAUGCUGUCCGCGAGGAAAAUGAAAGAGAUGGUCAAUUACUCGACGAAGAAACAUUUGCUGACAUUAGAGCAGGGGACAAACUCUACCCCAAGCUCGCAGGAGGCCUGCGUGAGUGUUCUGCCCAAGAAGUUAAGAAGUCGACGUGUUUAACGUUCCUAGCUGGUGAUUACUCAUCCACCAAGUCGAUUGCUGUUGAACAUGCGCAAACCGGUGAGGUUGGCCCUCCCUGUCUCUUGGGCUACCGUUCAGACCCUGGCGUUACACAAACUGAACCCUUGUUCUGUUUAUGGUUCCCAGAGAAGCUCAUUAGUUAUAAAUCUGAGGAGGUUUAUUACGCGGAGUAUUUCGGUACAUCUAUAGACGAGUACCUUGUCAAGCAGGACCUGGGCGGUGUGUGGAUCCACAUGCUUUCUCACUUGAAGUUGGAGGAUGACAUAUAUAAACGUUACAAGGACACUUGGUGGAAGGAGGGCGGACGUGAGUUCUUUACUGAGCUUAGCACAUAUGAUGAGGAUAGGGCCGCUAAAUGCUUUGACGCGAUGGUCAAGGGCUUGCAAGAUGGUUGUCUAGCUGAUCAUGGAAAAGACAUCGCUCAGCGACUUAUUAAAGGCAAGCGUGAAUACGAGGGGGCUCUGAAGGACCAUCCAAUAGGAAUAGAGAAGAUCUUUCAGUGUGUAGCGGAAAACCUGACUUCAAGCUGGAAAUCUAUCGGCCGCAAACUCCAACUGGGAGAUGCUGUACUCGAGCAGAUUCAUGAAGAUUACAAAAAUGUUGUUGAGAAAUGCUACCAGAUGCUGCUACACUGGCAGCGCGAGCAAGGGAGUCAAGCAACUUUGAAAAAUGUAUUUUGCGUCCUGCGAAAAGGGCGUUGCACCGAGGCAUCGAAAGCAUUAGCGAAGCUUGUAGAAGAACACCAACUUGAACAAGAGGUUAACUUCUCGCUUGCUUGACGUCUUUCGUCUUCCUUGAGGGUUAUCAGGACACUGGUAUGCUUCUGUCACGGAGGGAAAUAACACAAUUGAGAUGAACGUCAUUUUUGACAACUAAAUAUCUUAUUUUAAUUAGACGCCGUCCUUCCAGUUAACAACAUGUUUUGUUUUUAAAACAAAAGGAUUCAGACUAGCCGUCGGCGGAAUUAGGUUUUAGCACGUUUUAAGAUUUUGAGUGCAAAAAUGAUUGGAAUGCUGUCAAUCAAAGUAAUCGCGUGUGUAUCUUGCCAUGCGCACUAGCACGGCAAGCAUGUAAUGUGUUACCUCCGUAGUCAGUAGCAACCAUUUAAACAUUACUCAAGUCACGGUAGCCCAAGGGUAACAAACCGAAACACCCAUGGGGGGUAGUUCCUCGGACUCCCAUUGGCUAAGCCCUUAUCAGAAAUUGCCUAAAAGCUUCCCAUGGCUGUCAGUGUCGGAUUAACUAAGGGAUGCCGCCUUAGGAGCAUAUAAAAAGGGAUACACGGUUAUACAAAAAAAAAACACAUGUGAACAUAGAGGCAGACGAGACACACAAGGGAACAUCACACAUAGAAUGAGAAACAGACAGAGAAACACAUCUUAUACACAUCUUGUCAACACCUUGUAAAGUCUUCAGUAUGAAACAGCGAAGAAGUAAAAACCGGCACCUCCCCAGCCAAGUGGUCAUAGUGGUCAUAGUUGGUCUAACCAAAAAUUAGCUGUUACAUCUGGUGAUAGAACCCGAAUAGAAAGCUGUUACACUUCACUAAAAGGUCGUUGCGCAUCGCAUGGCAUUUUAACAGUUAUCACUAUUCAUAGAAUGGUGAUAACAAUCAUCUAUUGGGUAGAUGGACUGUCCAUGUUUUACUAAUUGUAAAUAUAUAUUUUACUGUAUAAAAGCUUUUUUUUUCAAAAAUAAACAGCUGCUGAUAAAUUUAUUAAACAAUUAUUAAUUCUAUGUAAAUAUAUGACAUCAUUUGCGAUUAAAAUUUCAGUAUGAUGUUUUUAGAAGGUAAUGUAUAUAAUUGUAUUUUUAUAGCAUUUUCAAUAAAAUGGUUCUUCAAAAGAAAAAAAAAA